AUGGGACAGAACCCGACCGUUCCAGUCUACAGAGGGGAGAUCCAAACCCGGAACCUGGGCAUGGCAGUGGAGGCCUGGGGCUUCGACGGUAAGGCCGUGUGGGGGGAGAGUGGCGAGCUCGUCUGCCUGAAGCCCAUCCCUUGUCAACCCACGCACUUUUGGAACGACGAAAACGGCAGCAAAUACCACAAGGCCUACUUCUCCACUUUCCCAGGGGUCUGGGCUCACGGCGACUACUGCAAGAUCAACCCCAAGACCGGAGGCAUCGUCAUGUUGGGAAGAAGUGAUGGGACCCUGAACCCUAACGGAGUCCGCUUUGGCAGCUCAGAGAUCUACAAUAUUGUGGAGGCGUUUGAGGAGGUGUCCGACAGCCUGUGUGUGCCUCAGUACAACGCAGACGGAGAGGAGAGGGUCAUCCUGUUCUUAAAGAUGGCCCCUGGGAUCCCCUUCAGUCCAGACCUGGUGUCGCGGAUCAGAGGGGCCAUCAGGAAGGCCCUGUCCGCUCGCCACGUCCCCGCUCUGCUGCUGGAGACCAAAGACAUUCCAUACACCAUCAGCGGGAAGAAGGUGGAGGUGGCGGUGAAGCAGGUGAUCGCGGGUCGAGAGGUGUCGCAGAGAGGGGCCUUCUCAAACCCGGACUCUCUGGACCUUUACAAGAACAUUCCGGAGCUGCAGAACUUCUGA